UACGUCUCCGCCGAACCCCAUGGGCCUUUGUCUUUGCUUUGGAGCUGGAGGCGAAAAUUGCCCACGGUUGACGGCAUGUCCGACGCAGCGCCGUGUUUCUAUAUUCGUGCGAGAAACUUCGUAUGGCAUCGCCAAGACAGGAGGACUCUGGACAGUGCCUCAGCAGAAUGGUAUUCAGCUGUCAUUCCAAGGAGCUGACGAGAACAUUCGAACACUUCACCACACAUUCUGUAUACAGCUCGAGAUUCAGUUUGGGGAUGACAUCAACUUCCUUGCAACCACAUACCUUAGGCACAAGGUGGUCCCGCCAAUGAACAGCCGACUAUAUAUCUCGUGUAAAGACCAUAAGCAACCCAAUGGUUGUUUUGUAUCUGCUACCUCCUAAAUCAUUUUGAUAAGCCCCAACGCAGCCCACCAAGUUGGCUGGCUAGAGUCUAGAAGCUGACAUAGGGAUUAGGGCCAACGUCGGCCUUUCCGACGAAUAGCAAUAGGCCGUCACCAGUAAUCCGCUCACUUGAUUCGGCCAUGUCCCUUGAUCUAUAUACAACGUAUACACGAUGCAUACGGUUAGCUGUUUGAGGUCUCCGCUACCCCCGGGGUCUAGACACGACCACACAAACACACUCACAAGCAAAGUGGUGCAGCUGAUCGAGGAUCAACAUCCUCGUCAGGAGAGCCUACUAUCACAUUGGACUUUCAAGGAUAUCGGAUCUUCGGCAACACCGACCAUCGCACCUUCUGUUAACACUGACCACGCAAAAAGGGCCAAACUACUGUUUGCAGGGUUGGAAUAGCAGAAGCUUUCUCAUCCGACUGCACCACACUUGAGCAAAGAAGUAACCAGGUUCGCCACCAUGUGCGCUACCGACAACCUAGCGUAAUCACACACUGGUCACCACGCUACCGCGACUAGUGCUUCGCUAGUAGCGACCGCUGAAGAACGGCCACUUCCAAAUUUACGCUACCUCCUACAAUGUGGCUCGUUCCAGGUUCCUGGAUGUCUGAAAAAGAAAAACCGGAACACCUUUGGGGACUUGGCAGUACAGUGGUGUUCCAUUUUCUUUCCAUUUUUUUCCUGGAGCCCAGGAGCCUGGGAGGGAUGCGUGAACGCUGUGAGAAGGAACACUUUCGUUGGACAGAAUGCCUUGGCGUAGAGUCGGGAUACGAAAAAGUCAAGUGUACAGAAGAGACGUACCUCCUAGGGUUUUGUGAGCUGAAGCACCACCUUCGUGUUCAGAAUCGACCCUACGGAGGUACCUAUGUACUGACCCACUCGAAGAAGUGCCACACCAUGACAAGCCUCCUUGCACGCGUGCUGGGCCAGCAUACGAAGAAGAAGAAGAAGAACGAGUGCCACACGACGACAGGCUCUUUGCCCUGGUUGAACCCAGACCAGCACGUGUGAAGAAGAAUUUAUAGCAUUGACUCGCUUGAGAAAAGGUGCCGCACGAUGACGAGUUCCUUGCACGCGUGCUGGGCCAGAAUACGAAGAAGAAGAAGAACAUAUAGCAUCGACUCGCUCUCGAGAAAAGGUGCCACGCGAUCACAGGCUCCUUGUCCGGGUUGACCCAGAC